UGCCAGUCCACCACCAUGUACCUGUACCUCCUCAUCCUCCUCCAACUCCUUUCCUCUACUGCCUCUGAGAGUGGCAUUGUGGGUGGUAAGAUAGCUAAGCCCCACUCUAGGCCCUAUAUGGUCUCUCUGCAACACAGAGGACACCAUGUUUGUGGAGGAAUGCUCAUCCGGGAGGACUUUGUCCUGACUUCAGCACACUGCUUAAGGAAUGCUUAUCCUUUAAUGGUGGUGCUUGGAGCCCAUGACUUAAAGAAGUGGAAGAAGAGUUUUCAAAAGAUUCAGGUGUCACAUUAUCAUCGGCAUCCCUUACAUGAGAAUGCAACGCAGAUCACUUAUGACAUCAUGCUACUGAAGUUAAAGACCACAGCUCGUCUAACCGAGUAUGUGACGGUCAUUGGACUCCCAAAGGAGGAUGAACAUAUCCCAGCAUCCCCCAAAUGCUCUGUUGCUGGUUGGGGUAAGACUAACUCAAACAACAAACAGGGUUCUGGCGUUUUGAUGGAAGUGGCAGUGACGUUGGAGGAUAACUCUGAAUGCAAGAGCGUGUGGCAGAAAUACUUUGACAUAAAACAAAUGAUGUGCACUCGUACUACCGGAGGGAAAGGAUUUUGUCAGGGAGAUUCAGGGGGACCUCUUAUUUGUAACAACAAAGCACAGGGUAUCGUUGCUUUUAAUUAUCCUGAGAGAUGUGAUGAUUCCCAAUAUCCUCAUGUGUACAUGAAAAUCCCUUUCUUUAUGCCCUGGAUUAAAGAGGUGUUGCAUGGAUAUGGUGCCAACAUGUCUUUAAACAAGCAGGAAUAAAGGACCAGGAAGUACAUUGAUGCUAGUGUACUAACAUAAUGGUAUCCAUUCCUGCAUAAAUACACUGUUCAUCAAGCCCUGGAUAAAGGACAAGUUUCUGAUAGAGCUAAACCUUUACCCUUUCACAGUUGUUAGAGGGAGAAAGAGAGAAAGAGAGAAAGAGAGAAAGAGAGAAAGACAGACAGACAGACAGACAGACAGACAGACAGACAGACAGACAGACAGACAGACAGACAGACAGACAGACAGACAGACAGACAGACAGACAGACAGACAGACAGACAGACAGACAGACAGACAGACAGACAGACAGACAGACAGACAGACAGACAGACAGACAGACAGACAGACUGUGUGUGUGUGUGUGUGUGUGUGUGUGUGUGUGUGUGUUUGUGUGUGUGUAGGCUUAGUGCAGUGUCGUAGUGCAGGCUUUUGAAGGGUAUUGUGGCUUUUACUAAUUCAACAAUAUGUGAUGAUCCUAAGUACCCCUGUGUUUACAUUAACAAUUAUUUGUUCAUCCUGGAUUGAAGAGGUGAUUAGUGGAUAUUGACAAAAUGUCACAAAACACAGUUCUAUAACGCUUUAAUAGAUAUAUUUUAACACGUUGUGUACUAAUAUAAAUGAAUCUAUUUCUGCCUAGUACACUUUGUCUGUUGUAUACCUUAAAAAAAACAGGAAAUACAUGUCUCAGCAGAUUUUAUUUUGUUUACAUUAGAAAAUGUAUUAUUCAGAUCGGCGUAGCUAUCCAGUGUUGGCGUGCCCCCAAAUGACUGCUUUUCACUGCAGUUAGAACGUUUAUUAAAAUCAAACUUUUUCUAAUGAUAAA